AUGGCCAUGUCUGCUGUGACAUAUUGUCUUUUUUUGUCUUCUUUCCGCCAUAUUUCAUCCCGCUUUCAUUCUCUGCAACUAAUCAGCUUUUUCAACAUUUCUUUUUCUUUCAGUUUCUUCCUUUCUUUUUCCUUCGUUGUUUGCUUAUUAGGUUCUUUUUUCUCCUUUUCUUUCUUUCUCCGUUUUUAUGGUCCUUCUUUUUCAUUUCCUCUUUCUAUCUUCCUUUAUUGCGUUUUCUUUUUCUCCAGUCAUUUUCGUUCUCAUGCGCAAAGCCUCUUUCUUUUCCCUUCAUUUUUCCUUCAUUGCGAUUACACUUUCUUCUUUUUCUUUCUAUUUUUGCUACAUUUUCUUUCUUUCUCUCUUUAUUUUCUUUCUUUUUUUUUACGAUUUUUCUUUCCUUUAUACUCUUUCUCAUUAAUUUUUCUCUUUUUUUUCUUUUCGUUAUCAAUGAUUUUCGCUUUUCUUAUUUUUUUCUCAUUGGUGAUUCCUCUUUCUCAAGUCUCCUUUAAACUUUUUGUUUCUUUUCCCUUUUUCUUGUUUUUUACGUCGCCUUUCCUCCAUUUUCUUUCUUUCUUUCUUUCUUUCUUUCUUUUUCUUUCUUUCUUUCUUUCAGUUAAUCUUUCUUCUUUUUUGCUUCAUUUUAUGUUUUUCUUUCUUUAUUUAUUGCGAUCAAUAUUUUUUCUUCUUUGGCUUCAUUUACCUUUUUUUCUUUCUUUGGCUUCAUUUACCUUUUUUCUUUGUUGCUUUCUUUUUUUUCGAUUAAUUCUUUUGCUUUUUGGCUCCAUUUUCCUUUCUUUCUUUCUUUCUUUCUUUCUUUCUUUCUUUCGAUUAAUCUUUUCUCUUUUUUCUCCAUUUUCUUUCUCUCUUUUUUCUUGA